AUGCAAGCUGGCGUGUUACUCUUUUCAGCUAACUUUGAUUCAGGAAAUUUAGGGCAAGUGGAAAGCGUUCAGGAAAGCAUUGAAUUUACUGGGCCUCAAUCUGGUAAAACUCAAACACCCAGUUGGGCUGAUCGGGUGGUAGCAAUAAACGGAGCCGACAAAAGACCUCUGCUUUGCAGUAAACCUGAUUAUCACGUUAAAUGUUGGACCUAUCUCGAUGCACAUGGCACGCCCUUUGAAAAUGGAAAUAAGUCAUGGUUUCAUUUCUCAGUUCGGAACUACGCACCUGGAUCACUCAUACGAAUAUCUAUUAUGAAUGUCAACCAUCAAUCUAAGGUGUUCAAUCAAGGUUACACUCCUGUUUUUAAUGUCAUGAACUCAGCCACCGAUAACCCAUGUUGGAUGAGAAUAACAGAAGAGCCAGUCUUCGAAGCCAUAGAUGGACAGUUUGCGGUGACUUUUGCUCAUCGUUUUACGCAGCAAUCGGGAAGUGUCACUUAUUUUGCCUUCAGCUACCCAUGGACCUAUCUUGACACCCAGCUACAAUUAAGACGCCUCGAAGACAUAUUCAGUUCUGCCUCUCCAAAUUUAAAAAACAUUCAAGUGACACAAGAUCCGACUAAGGACACCCCAUCUAUCUACCUUCAUCGCGAACUCCUUUGCUACAGCCUCUGUGGUCGGAGGAUAGAUCUUCUAACCAUUUCUGAUAAUACGAAUAAACUUCCCGAUCUAGAAGACCGGUUUGAUCCCCUUCUCUUUCCUGAGAAAUCUACCCCCCGCCCGCACAAAUUUUCUAAAAAGAAGGUUUUCCUGAUCACCGCCCGCGUACACCCAGGAGAAACACCAGGAAGUCACAUGUUCAACGGAGUGCUCGAAUUCCUUCUGCGCGAGAAGGACGAGCGUGCGAUCCAGCUGCGUCGAAUCUACGUCUUUAAAUUGAUUCCCAUGCUUAAUCCCGACGGCGUGGCAAUGGGUCAUCACAGGACUGACUCUCGUGGCGCAAACCUUAAUCGUUUCUACCUUCAACCCAAUUUCCUUCUUUACCCUUCGGUCUAUGCUGUGAAGGCACUGGCUACCUACCACCACCUUUGCUACGCCAGUGUCGCUCGCUAUCCUGGUCGUCUGCCCUCUUGGCAAUUCGAGCGCUUUGUAGACCUCGCAGCUCGCUAUCGCUCCUUUGUCGAUUCCGUCGAUGUUGCUCCUUACACCGGUAAUCUCGUCCGUCCACCUUUUGUACUAAAGAGAAAGGGGUCUCUGAAUACUCCUAUGGAUACUGAAAUCUCCCAGCAGAAUGAGGAAGUCGAAGACGCUGAAACAUCCUCGAUUCUGAUGAUGGCCGCCAAAGAGUGCGUCAGAAAGGUGGAAGAUCGGAAAGAGUCUUCUCCAGACACGUGGUGUGCAAGUGACAGUUCUAAGCGUUGUCAACCUAUGCUUCACGUCCAGGCUAUUAUUCGACGAGGGAAGGGUUCACCCGAGUCAAGUGACAAAAGGAGGUGUGACGUCAUUAAAGAGGUGUCAAGAAGUGUACAGGAGUAUCACCAAGUCUCUAAUCAACUGUCAAAAGAUUCCCAAUCAGGAAUGGAGAAUCGUCAUUCCGCUGACGUAGGUUGUCUUCCACGACCUGUGCAACUGGCUGAAUGCCAUAGGGAGUCGCAUUCUUCGUCCAACCCUCAGAAGGAGAAGUCGUCAAAUCCUACCAACAGCACUGAUUACGAAAAUGAGGUUGACAACCGAAUACGCAAGCUUGACCGAGCGUACAUAAACAUGGUGGCGCGGAACUUGCAGCGGGAUGGGCAGGAUGCGGAGGUGAAGGAGGCCUUCCUGGAAUACUGCACUGGCGCGCAUCUCACCCAUCCAAGCCUUCUCAGCAUCGGGCCAGAGGAAAGUGGUGUUAAGUGCUACAUCGAUCUCCAUGGACAUUGCACCAAACGCGGCUGCUUCUGCUACGGCAACCAUCUUAAGGACACCCGACAAAUGGCCGACAUCGUGUUGUACGCACGUCUGGUGGCGGCCAAUUCAGCUUUCUUUGACUUCAGUGCAUGCAACUUCUCCCUACGAAAUAUGUACUUACGCGACAAGGUGAAUGAUACCACCAAGGAGGGCUCGGGUCGAGUAGGUAUCUGGAAGCACACCGGUAUCACGCACUGCUACACCGUUGAGGCUAACUACACCGCUAGUCGUGUUCUGAACAUCCUUUCUGCCACCGUAUCAGAUGGUCGCUGCGCCACACCGCCGGGUACCUUGUGGGGCCCUAUGCGAGGAAACACGGUGGUCCCGAAACCUCCCCCAGAUGGCGUUGCCACUGCCUCCUCCUUCUUCAUCUACCCAGCCGCCACCAUCACAACCACUGACGCUUUCAGCGGCUACGCGACGCGUUUGGCUAAGCUCACAGAACAUGGUAGUUACGUGAUAUCGCACGAAGAGCGCUACACCCCUGCACACUUCCAAGAGAUGGGCCGAGGCCUGUUAAUAGCUGCACUGGAUAUGUGGAGUGUAAACCCGUGGUCGCGGCUAGCUACCAGUGCCUGUGCUGAUAUGAUUCGGUUCCGACCAGGCACUUACUGCAACCUGAAGUCAUUGCUUAACAACACUUCUCGGUUCGGUAAACUGGGGCCCGUGCGUAGCGGUGGUCAUGUUCCAGCUAGGCUAAGGCAAGCGGAACUAGCUAACAUGAAGGUUCUGCGCAACUGGGCAAAAAAUUUUGUGGGCAGCACCACGACCAAUGAGAGUCCUGAGACGUUAAAGCUGAGGGAGACAAACCUGUCGUCACCUUGUACGCACCUCGUUUCCCAGGUCUCAGCUCACGUCCCAAUCACCGCUGCAAGCACUACUGCAAUCGCCCGACGUCGACGCGAGAAUCAAGCCUACCGCCAGCGCCUCCCUGCAUGUGCUUCUGCAGAAGUCUCUGUUUCUGGAGUUGUGGAGAAUCAAUCAACGGUAACAGCAGUGGCAAUGUCGAAAAAUGAGCUUUGGAAUGUGACUUCGUCCGAGUUAACUGGUUCAUAUGUGCCCAUGGAGAGGCGUGUUUGCCCCAUUGGUGAGGGCAAUGCAAAUAGACCGCUGGCGUCCCUUGAAAAGCAUGAAAGAACAAAACAACCUCCUCCUCCUUCGUCCAUGUCACCACCUCAACCAGCAGAUCGAUGUGCAGCAAUGAUCAAAAGCAUCAGAAAACAGCAGGUUCCCAUUCCUCAUUCAAAGCAAAAAACCAAGUCAAUUGAAUUAGUCUUCUCUGUCAAGAGCAAAAUCAGCUCAACCGGCACCACCUGCUCGAUUCCCGUUGCUCGUCUGCGGAAUGGAAAACGUGCGACUAAACGGGAUCCAGUUGCAAGAAUGGGAAGAGCGCUCUCUCGAAGUAACUCCAACGAACACAAACCACGGCCUAUGAAGCAUAUUCGCAAGCGGGUGUCUCUCCCAUCUCCCAAUCACCUGAUGUCAAGGAUGACUCGCUCCAUCUCCAGCACUGCUGCACCGCGACAGCCACCAAAUGGCGUUGCUCUGUCGUCUGUCGAUGCGCUUGAGGAACCCACGUUCGUUUCACCGCGACUGAGGUUACGCCAUGCAAAGAGAGCGCGACGAACAAAAGUUCACGGGAAGGAGGUGCUGCCGCAGUUGGUCGACUUUGUCUCUCCCGCAGUACACCUAAAGGAGGUUCUUGCUGCCAGUGGGAAAUAG